AUGGACCACAACACAGAGACCCCCCAUCGUGAUGAUAGGUAUCAUCUCACUGGUAUCAAGCUAGCCAUGGUCGUGAGCGCUGUUACUAUGGUUACCUUUCUUAUCUUCCUGGAUGUCUCGAUCAUUGUCACUGCCAUCCCCAAAACCACUGCCCAGUUUCACUCCCUUGAGGACUUGGGCUGGUAUGGCAGCUCUUACCAGAUUGCGGGAGCCUGUCUCCAACCUCUCACUGGUCAAAUCUAUCUCAAAUAUAACUCAAAGUGGACAUAUUUAGGCUUCUUCUUCGUCUUUGAACUCGGCUCUCUCCUUUGUGGAUUGGCCAGAUCGUCAAAGAUGCUGAUAAUUGCGAGAGCCGUUGCUGGACUAGGAUCCUCGGGUUUGGUCGUGGGCUCGUUGACCAUUGUCUCGGCGUCCGUGCCUCUUGCCAAAUCGCCGCCACUCAUUAGGAUUAUGAUGGGCCUAGCACAGCUCGGUACCGUUCUUGGUCCCCUUCUAGGAGGUGCAUUCACCCAAUAUAGCAGCUGGAGGUGGUGCUUUUAUGUAAAUCUUCCUAUCGGUGCAAUUAUUGCUUUGUUGAUGGCUUUCAUCCAUAUCCCUGAGGCAGUCGAUAAGCCCGAACGGGUCAGAGUCAGAACAGCAAACAAAUGGUUCCACGUCCUCCGAGCUCUUGGUACAGAAUCCAGUCCAUUCCGCAAGUUGGAUCUCAUAGGUUUUGGCCUUCUGGCUCCGGCCGCUAUUCAACUGCUUCUUGCUCUGUAUUACGGUGCACAUGGACACGGUUGGAAAAGCGCAACACCAAUUGGCUUGUUCAUCGGAGCAGGGAUGACAACUGUCCUUUUUCUGCUAUGGGAACAGCGCAAAGAGGACAAAGCUAUGAUUCCUCUAGCUAUGGUCCGCAAGCGUAUCAUUUGGUCCAGCUGUCUGACACAAUUUUCAUUGUUCGCCAUGACCCUAUCUGCAUCAUUCUAUCUGCCCGUCUAUUUCCAGGCGGUUAAUAAUGUCUCUCCUAUGAUGAGCGGCAUUUACUUGCUGCCAAUCAUCCUGUCUCAAUUGCUUUUUGCAGUCAUCUCCGGUGUUUGCGUUGGUAAACUAGGGUAUUACCUCCCAUGGGCCAUCUUUGCUCAAGUGGUCGGGUCCAUUGGCACUGGCCUGAUCUCAACAUUCGAUUCACGCAUAUCUAUGGACAAAUGGAUUGGCUACCAGAUCAUCGCUGGUACCGGCGAGGGAUGCGGGUUCCAAAUGCCUAUCAUAGCAAUCCAAAACACGCUCCCAAAAGAGGAAGUACCACUUGGAAUGUCAGUUAUGAUGUUUUUCCGUACCAUGUCCGGCGCAGUAGUCUUUUCCAUCUUCGAUGUUAUUUUCUCUAGCGGUCUUACCUCGCUGAUUCCCAAGGACGCACCUGGGGUCGACCCUCAACACAUCAUCGCCGCAGGUGCCACGGGCAUACGAAACGUGGUCUCCGCUCAAGACCUGCCUGGUCUCUUGACUGCUUAUGCUCUAAGCAUUGAUUAUGUCUUCUACCUCGCGGCGGCGCUUGGAGGGUUGGGUGUGUUCUUUGCUUCUGGGAUGGGUUGGAAAGAUAUUCGCCCCCCUACGGAAAAUGAUGAGUUGUCGCUGGAGAUCACCGCAGAGCAGCCUGCGCAGGAGAUGAAGACCAUGCGUACUUCUGAAACUUCCCAGUGCUGA